ACGAGCGCGGCGCGGCGCUCCGGGCCUGGAGUCUUGUCUCUGCAGCCCUCGCCGCCUGUGCUGCCCCGGCGCGGCGCCGCCCGGCCCCAUGUACCGCGCGCUGUACGCGUUCCGCUCGGCGGAGCCCAAUGCUCUGCCAUUCUCUGCGGGCGAGACCUUCCUGGUGCUGGAGCGCAGCAGCGCGCACUGGUGGUUGGCAGCGCGAGCGCGCAGCGGCGAGACGGGCUACGUGCCACCUGCCUACCUGCGCCGCCUGCAGGGCCUGGAGCAGGAUGUCCUGCAGGCCAUUGACCGGGCCAUUGAGGCUGUGCACAAUGCAGCCAUGCGGGAUGGCGGCAAAUACAGCCUGGAGCAGCGCGGAGUCCUCCAGAAGCUGAUCUGCCACCGGAAAGAGACCCUGUCCCGCAGAGGCCCCUCAGCCCCCAGCCCUGCAGCUAUGACCUUAUCUACCAGCGACCACCAUCUGGAUGCCGCUUCUGCCAGGCAGCCCAAUGGGAUGUGUCGCACUGGGUUCAAGUGGCAGCACAGCCUGCCCAGUUCUGAGCAUGUUGGGGCAGCUGGAGGUCUCUACCAGAUCUCACCACAGCCUCACCGAGUGGCACCAGCCAUGCCUCCUCCACCUGUGAAUCGUCAAGACCGCGAGGCUCUAGUGGCCUUGGGGAGCGGUGGCCGCACCGCCACGCCCUCGGUGGGGAGCUCUGUGUCCGGCAGCCCCUCAGUCAGCAGCACCUCCCUAGACACACUCUACACCGGCUCCAGUCCGUCUGAGCCCGGCCCCAGCUGCUCACCCACACCCCCGCCUGUGCCCCGCCGAGGCACCCAUACCACUGUUUCCCAGGCCCAGCCCCCUCCAUCCAAGGUGUCAACCCCCGAGCCUCCGGCAGACGAAGUGGCAGUUGGUACAACCUCGGCCCCUGACGAGCUGGAGGCCCUGGGUGCUCUGAGCCUGGGCACCACAGAGGAGAAAGCAGGGGCUGAGACGGCUGUGCCAAGGAGCAUUGGGGCAGAGCUGAUGGAGCUUGUGCGGAGAAACACCGGCCUGAGCCAUCAGCUGUGCCGUGUGGCCAUCGGCGUCGUGGUGGGUCACAUCCAGACCUCCGUGCCAGCCAGCUCACCUGUCAUGGAGCAGGUCCUCCUCUCGCUGGUAGAGGGCAAGGACUUGAGCACAGCCCUGCCCUCAGGGCAGGUCUGCCAUGACCAGCAGCGGUUGGAGGUGAUCUUUGCAGACCUGGCCCGGCGGAAGGACGAUGCCCAGCAGCGCAGCUGGGCCCUGUACGAGGACGAGGGCGUCAUCCGCUGCUAUCUGGAGGAACUGCUGCACAUUCUGACUGACGCAGACCCUGAAGUUUGCAAGAAAAUGUGCAAGAGGAACGAGUUCGAGUCUGUUCUGGCCUUGGUGUCCUAUUACCAAAUGGAGCACCGGGUGUCGCUGCGGCUGCUGCUGCUCAAGUGCUUCGGCGCCAUGUGCAGCCUGGACGCGGCCAUCAUCGCCACGCUUGUGUCGUCUGUGCUGCCUGUGGAGCUGGCGCGGGACAUGCAGACAGACACGCAGGACCACCAGAAGCUCUGCUACUCCGCUCUCAUCCUGACCAUGGUCUUCUCUAUGGGGGAGGCAGUGCCCUACGCACACUAUGAGCACCUGGGCACACCCUUCGCUCAGUUUCUGCUGAGCAUCAUCGAGGACGGGCUACCCUCGGACACCACAGAGCAGCUGCCGGACCUCUGCGUGAACCUGCUUCUGGCUGUCAACCUGCACCUUCGAGCCCCUGACCAGAACGUCAUCAUGGCCGCCCUGAGCAAACAUGCCAAUGUCAAGGUCUUCUCUGAAAAGCUGCUGUUGCUCCUGAACAGAGGGGAUGACCCUGUGCGCAUCUUCACACACGAACCGCAGCCACCGCACUCCGUCCUCAAGUUCCUGCAGGAUGUGUUCGCCAGCCCUGCCACGGCCACCAUCUUCUACCACACGGACAUGAUGGUGCUCAUCGACAUCACUGUGCGGCACAUUGCAGACCUGUCACCCGGAGACAAGCUGCGCAUGGAGCACCUCUCCCUGAUGCAUGCUGUGGUCCGCUCCACACCCUACCUGCAGCACCGCCACCGGCUGCCCGACCUGCAGGCCACACUGCGCCGCAUCCUGGCAGAGGAGGAUGCCUCGCCCCAGUGCCAGAUGGACCGCGUGAUUGUCCGAGAGAUGUGCAAGGAAUUCCCAGUGCUGGGCGAGGCCCCCAGCUAG